AUGUCGCGCGCGCGCGAGACCGGCGUCUCGGCGCGCGCGCGAGACGAGGACGACGAAAACGACGGUCGAGCGGAUUCGAAUGCGAGCGCGCAUUCGGCGAGUCGAAGCGACGCGACGCGCGCGCGCGCGCCGAGCACGCCGCGAGGGUACGAUCACGAUGGGUCGUUUCACGACGUCGGCACGCCGGCGACGGCGGCGACGGCGGGAGGCGAGAGAGGGACGUCGAACUCGGUGGCGCGGCGAAUCGCGGCGCUCGAGCGAAGCGGCGACGACGCGAACGCGAACGCGCGUCGCGCGUCGUCGAGUGAUGCCUCACGCGGCGAUGGAUGGCGAUCGGGAUCGUCGUCGGUGAAGUCGGCGGCGGCGCUGGAGCGCGUGGCGGAGGAUGUGCGGAGCGUGCGGAUGAAAUUGUUCGCGGCGUCGACGAGCGCGGCGAGAGCGACGGACGAAUACGGCGACGCGUUGAGGGAAGCGGGAGAGGGGUUGGAUUGGCGACCGGUGGUGACGCGGGCGGUGGGAGUGAUUGAGGACGCGGAUGUGGACGCGCGGGCGCGCGCGGCGCGCGUCGCUAAACGGGUGCGGGAGGAGUUGGACGCGCGCGAGAGAGAGCGAGGCGCGAGGUUGGAGGCGUUGGCGGAGCGGCGGAGCGAAGCAGCGGCGGCGUCGAACAGGGCGUCCAAGGCCUCGGAAAAGAAGAAUCUUCCGGUGUUUUUAACGGGUGUCGCGUCGUCUUCGAGCAAACACGCGAAUUUUGUUCGUGGUGGGAAGGCGUUGGACGAGGGCGCGGCCAAGGCGACGAAACGUUUGGCGUUUGAGAUUUUGCGAGGCGCCGCGGGACGUUCGCGAGCGUUGCGAAGGGCGGCGAACGAUAUGGGAAUGAUUCGUCGCGCGCCGAUUUUAAAGCGUGCGUUCGACGCGCUUCGCGCGCACGCCGUGAUAUGCGCGCCUCGAACUCGAGCGAUGCGCGAAGCGUGCGAAACGUUCGUCGUCGUGACCGAUCGUAGGAUGCGACGGUCGGCGUUCAAGUCGUGGCGCGAGGGUGUGCGAGAACAAACGUUAGGUAAGACGUGUGCGGCGAUUCACAACGUUCGGAUCGCGCAAGCGGCGUUACAUCAUUGGGAGCUUUUUGCAGCACGGGCGUUUUGGAAACGAAAGGCGAACGAGUUGGCGCACUCGUACGCCACCGGAAGAUUACGCACCCUCGCGUUUUGCGGGUGGUUGCUGCACGCGCGUCGCGUUAAGGAACGCCGUAUCGCCGUGCGUGCGCGAAUGUUUGGCAUGUCCGUACCAGAGGCGCAGCGUGCGAUCCAUGAAAAGGUUAAAUACACUGCGCACGACGCUCACUUGAUGAUGAAAAGUGAGUUGAAGUACCUGUUCGAGAAGCGCUGCUCGGAAAGCGCGCUACGAUCGCAAGUCUCGUCAUCGCUAAAACUCAUUCGCACGCUCGAGAACAUGCGGAGAUUUACUGCGGACGGAGAAGAUGUGGCGUGGGCGUCGAGUGAUUCAGCCAUGUUUCGGGGGAUCGGCGCCGCUAAGCGGCAUUUGCAUGUGGGAUUUUCGACACGAGGACGAACGGACUCGCCGCGGCGGAAAACGUUGUCGCUCAACAGAGAUGACGUCGCGGCGUCGCGAACGGCGGCAGCGAUCGAAAAGGUCGCGACGACGAUUGAUUUCAUUCCGGACAACUCGAUGAACGUCGAUGCGCUGAGUGCAGACGCAUACGAGCUCUCGCAAGAGCAUCAACGAGCGCUGACAAGCGCGCGUGACGCGACUCAAAAGUGCGUCGCCGCGCGAAAGGCGGCGCACGACACGAGUCUCAGGGCGAGUCGACUCGUCGCAAACGCCGAUUCGCGGGCGAACGCGGCGGUUCAGGGCGCGCAGGAUGCGAUGAAUGAGUCGAUCAAGGCUGAGUUCCUUGCCAUCGAAGCGGAAGAGUCCGCCAAUCUCGCCGAGCGCCGCGCAGAAGAGCUCUCGGAAUCCGGCGCGGGCGACGAAAAAGUGAUCGCGCACGCGCUUCAGCGGGCCGCCGAAGCGGCGGCUUGCGCGGUCAAUCUAUCUUCCGCGCACGUAGCCGCCGCUCGAGUUGCAGAACGCGCAAUCGAUAUCGCUGAAGAGCAUAAAGAGGCGGCGAGAAUGUUGAAGGCGCAAGCGGAGGAAGACGUCGAGAAAGCACAGACGCGCGUGCUCGAAGCGGAAGCCGUCGUCAUGGCGACGGCGAAACUGGAGCGAGAACUCAACGCAAAGGCGGUGAACGCGAUGAAACGUUUGCAGCGCGCGACGGGUGAUUCCGUCGUUUUCCACGACGGAAGUUUAUUCGAUCGUGAUUCCAACGAAAACGCGGUGUUUUCUCCCACGAAGGCGCGAAGCGCUGAGGAGAAGAAAAUUAUGCGACGACGCGUGACCUGGGACUCGUUUGGCGAAGGAAUCGACGACGACGACGAUGAUAUCGUUGAGAGCAUGCAAAACAUAUCUCUUGCGCCGGGAAAGUGGUAUACGCUCGCGGAGUGUGCGACGCAAGCGUACGCCAAGAGGCUCGCACGCAAAGUACUCGCCGGUUUUGCGAAAAACAUCGCGUGGCGUCGGCAACAGCGCGACGCCGCGCAGUUGUCGUUCAUCACGAACAUCUUCACCUCUUGGGCGAACGUAGCGCACAUCAACCAGACGCGUCGCAGGCUCGUGGAGAGCGUCGUGGAUGAGGUCGUCAGCGAAGAUCGCGAGCGACGGCUGCGCGCAUACGUUUCGUGCCUGCAGAAGCACGCCAAGUGGCGCAAAGCGCGCUGCGAGGAGCUGAAAAUUAGCCUCCGACGCGUCGUCGCGCCGACGAUCACACGGCCCGCGUUCGAUCACUGGCGAAAGAAAGUGGCAAAUAUUUACCUCGUCCGGCGAGUCGUGAAUCGCGCCAUCGUCGCAUGGAGAGAGCGCAUCGCCAAACCGUCGCACUCAAACGCGUUUUACGCGAUUAAACGCUUCGUGACGUCGAUUUUCGGUUCGCCGAGCACGCUGAACGCGGAGUUGGCGCAGGCGCGAGACACGGUGAAACACUCGCGACGGGAAACGCUGCGAGCGCCGCUGUCGCUGUCCAACGGCGACAUAUUUGGAUUGACGCUGCGGUUUCUGAGCGAUAUGGAGUUCACGACGCACGCGACGGCGGUGAACUUUUAUUCAAAGUGCUUCACGGGACGAUCGUUCGUGGUGUGGGCGAUGGAACAGACGUUUCGGGAACAGACGUUUCGGGACGAGGCGGAUGCGAUGUUUCUGGCGAACGAGUUGUUGGUUCGAGGAAUCAUCGCGCCGGUGGCGCGAGGGAAGAUCGAUAGCGAGAAAAAGGCGGGAUUUUUGCCAGGUUUACCGGGGAUGGGCGCGAGCAUGGGGAUAGUGGGAGUUGGGAAGUCGUGGAAGGUGUUUCAAGGGAAUGAUUGGACGUAUCACGUGAAGACGCACGCGCGGAGCGCGCUCAUCGCCGCGUGUUUCGGGAAUGGCACGGAGAAGGAGAAGAACGAUAUUCGAGAGUGUGUGGGACGCAUGAGGACUUUAAAAUCGCUGAUAGAUGGUGUUGAUGAUGCUAAGAGUGACGACGAAGCUGAAGAACAUCAAGAAGAUAACGAGAAGGAAAGGAAAGCCACCAUCUCGCUGGCGAAGGACGCGCUCAGUGCGACGGGUGGAAUUCUCACUGCACCGUUUCGCAGGGCACACGUCGUACUACAGGGCGUUGGUGUGAUGAUUGAUGAUUUCUUUUCGACGUUGGGACCGCAUAUCGUCGUCGCGCUCGGUUCGUUACUCUUCAUGGUUUGGUUGCAAAACUUUGCGUUCGCGUGCGUACUGACCGCGGCGUUCACGAGACAUUUGCUUUGGGUAUCUGAGAUCCAGCGUGACGCGUUAUUAGUGCGCUGUCGCGCCGAUCAACUUAAAAAGUUUCAAAUGAUUCGUGGCGAUCCGAAGUUGAACAGAACCGGCGCGGAAUCUUCGGAUUGGUGGAGCGCAAUCUUUCAACACAUGUGGGAUGGUUGGAUGGCGAUGUGGAUGAAUCGCCUCUUGCGCGAACAGCUAGAGUGGUGCUUCGAGAGUUUAGAUUUGCCGUUCGUCAGUAAAGUAGAGUUGAGUGAGUUUCGUUUCGGUACGAACGCGCCCGCGAUAAAGACUUCGCGAACGUUUGCCGGGUCGGAUGGCGAAAUGAUCGUUGAAUGGGAUUUAGACUGGACCAUGGAAGACUCAGUAGUGCUGGUCUCCGCCAUGUUCGGUCGCGGGACGAUGGUACCGAUUCCGAUUCGCAUUCGCUUGGCAGAUAUUCGCAUUUCGGGUAAUUUACGACUCAUGUUCACGUGGAUGCGCGCGAAGGGCGGUCCAUACGUCCGCUCGCUUCGCAUAUCUUUCGUCGGCUUGCCGGCGUAUUCGUUUUCGCUCAAGACGUUCGGUGCCGUCAAUUUAAACGAGAUUGGCGUCAUUCAUACGGCACUUAAACGUGUCGUUGAUGACUACUUUAAGAGCUCGCUGUGCGAACCGGAAGGAUACUUCUGGGACGUUAAGGAGUGGUGGUUGUCCGCGGACAACGAAGAAAUCAUCGAUCAGAAGGAGCUCAUCACGCAGCCGUUGAUGCGAGAUAUUGAGCGCAUUUGGAAGCGAAGAAAAGAUGAAAUCACUGUGGAAUUGCGUGUGAUGCCGUUGUUUGUUGAAUUAGAUCCGAACGCGCGUAACUCAUCGCUGAAAGCAAAGUAUUUAAAUGGCAAGCGGUGUCGAAUGGCGGUGGCGAUCGAGUACGCUCGCAGGCGCGUCGUGUCGAAAAUGCACAUCAUGAAGAAGCACGUCGAGGCUGAGCACGACAUCGAACAUCCUACUUGGGAUAGCGGCGCUUUCGCCAGGCUCGAUACUACAGAUGAAGUCGUCGACGGGCAACUCGCUAUGUUCUUGAUGAGCGAGAGCAUGGACAGCAACGCCGCCAAAGCUACGGCGACAAAGCUGUUGCGAAUCUCGAGGAAAAUCUCCGCGGUGGGGAAGAUUGACAACAUCUUUAAGUUGCGUGCCGGCGACAUUCACAGCGUCGAGGUGACACUCUUGGACCCCAAAACGCUGAAAUCGGUGGGAAUUUUACACUGUCGCAUACGAAUCAACAUUUUGCAACCGAACAUCGUCGUCGACGAGGGAAAGUCGAGCGAGAUAUCUUUAGGCAAGCGCGUGGCGGUCUUGUACGAAUCAAUGAGCUCUGCCGCGUUACAUAUUCCUCGAGGAGCCGCCGAUGCGGCGUCAUCUACAUCUCGCGCGGCGUUGAAGCGAACGGCGACGUGUUUUGGUUGCUUCCGAGCGACCGCCGCCGACGUCGACGACGGCGAAGACGAUUUCGGCAUCGCCAGCCUGACAGCCCUCACGUCAAUAGAGCGCACUCGCGCCAUGGGUGCCGAAAACGUGUCCGACUUCGGCACGGACGACGAAGACGCGAGUUAGACGGACGACAUUCCUCUCUGACACUGUUUUAUUUAUACUAC